AUGUGCGAUGCUAGUAACUUGGCAAUAGGAGCUAUUCUUGGUCAGCAAAUCGAUAAGAGGAGACAUGUCAUUUGUUAUGCUUCCAGAACCUUUAAUUUAGCUUUGAGAAAUUAUAUCACAAUGGAGAAGGAGCCUCUUGCCAUUGUCUUUGCAUUAGAUAAGUUUCAUUCUUAUGUGCUUGGAUACAAAAUAACUGUUUUCACUGAUCAUUGUCAAAGGUCUGGAUCCUUGUCUAAAAAGCAUGAGAUGCCCCUUAAUUCGAUUCUUAUAUUUGAGUGGGUUGAGGCAAUCCCCACUAGAACUAACAUUGCUUCUGUUGUUUCAGGAUUUAUUAAAUCUAAUAUUUUCAGUAGGUAUGGAGUCCCCAAGGACAUUAUUAGCCAUCAAGGCACGCAUUUUUGUAACAGGACAAUUGAGUCACUCAUGAGGAAGAAGGCUUACAAGACACCUAUUGGGACUACUCCCUUUAGGCUUGUUUAUGGAAAGGCAUGCCACCUCCUUGUUGAGAUCGAGCAUAAGGCCUAUUGGGCGGCAAAGAAAUGCAACAUGGAGUUGGGCAAGGCAGGUGAGUCUAAAUUGUUACAGUUUCAGGAAUUAAAGGAAUUGAGAUUAGAGGCAUAUGAGAGUGUCAGGAUUUAUAAAGAGAAAACAAAACUCCUUCAUGACCGUGCAUUGAUUAAAAUGGAUAUUCAAGUUGGUCAGAAGGUUCUCCUUUACAAUUCUCUAUUGAAAUGUCUGUUGAAAUUAAAAGUUUGUAGACGGGGAAAGAGUUUAAGGUUAACGGGAACCAUUUAA